AUGCCUUCAGAUGUGCUGCAGCCGGUGAACCAAGUCGCUCUGAAGCACCCGGAGAGCUGGGCUCGGCGGCGGGCGUCCGUCUCACGAGUCUCUCCUCUCCGCAGCGGAGAGCCAUACCGACUUUUAGUUGGUAUAGAAUAUGUUGUUGGACGCAAAAACUGUGCAAUUUUAAUUCAGGAUGAUCAGUCAAUCAGUCGAAAUCAUGCAGUUCUGACAGUAAGUCGUCCUGAAACAACUCUUAGCCAGUCUCUCUCAGUCCCUAUAUUAACAAUAAAAGAUACCUCCAAGUAUGGUACCUUUGUUAAUGGAUCAAAACUGAGUGGCACUUCAAGGACUUUGCAGUCUGGUGACAGAGUCAAUUUUGGAGUCUUUGAGAGCAAGUUUCGAGUAGAAUAUGAAUCUUUAGUUGUCUGCUCCUCAUGUUUAGACAUGGAUGGGAAAACUGCUUUGAAUGAAGCCAUCCAGCAGCUUGGAGGCCUUGUAGUGAACGAAUGGACCAAAGAGUGUACUCACCUUGUGAUGGUGUCAGUAAAAGUUACAGUUAAGACUAUAUGUGCUUUGAUUUGUGGUCGACCAAUUAUAAAACCAGAGUUUUUUGUUGAAUUAAUCAAAGCUGUUCAGUCCAGACAACAGUUACCAGCUCCUGAAAGCUUUUAUCCUCUAGUUGAUGAGCCUUCCAUUGGCACUGAAAAACUGGAUCUAUCUGAGCGUCAUGAAAGGAAAAAGAUAUUCAGUGGAAAAACUUUCCUGUUUCUAACUGCCAAGCAGCACAAGAAACUGAGUCCAGCGGUUAUUCUUGGAGGAGGAGAAGCAAAAUUGUUGACAGAGGGAAGAAAAGAAACUUCUUUACUGGUCGCUCCUGAAGUUUGUGUUGUUAAUGUUGAGCUGACAGACUCACAGAUCCCAGGAUCUGAGUCUAUGAGAAACUGGACUGAUUCCAUUCUGACUGUUCUGCAGAGCAAGGAUCUGAGGGCUAUUCCUGAGGCAGAAAUUGGAUUGGCCGUUAUCUUCAUGUCUACAGAAAGAUACUGCAACCCUCGAAAGCAGCCUAGUAACAAAGCUGCAACUAAAACUACUACUGCAUCAGCGGUUCUAGGACCAGCUGUUUCUCAGAGUUUGGCCGUGGCUGAAACCAUAAUGCCAGCUACUGUGGAUAGCAGCACAAUGUACAUAGCUGAUACAAAGCUAGAAGAGCAGAUAUGUAUGGAGAUAGAGAAGACCCCCCAGAUGGACAGAAAAGGGAAAAUGGCUUUAACCACUGUAAAGGAAAACCCUAGCACAAGUGGCAAUGUAAACACAGGAACAUUGAUGUCUAGAAUGAACAGAACAUCUGGAUUUAGCCAAAAAAGUCAAUCUCUCUCACCAUAUAACAUUUCAGAAGUUGGUAAACCUUCACAUCAGCAGUCUAACUCAAUUACAAAUUACUUCUCAGUAGCUAGAGGGAAAAGGGAAAGAACUGAAGAAGAGCAAGAAACGUCUGCACCUAAACUAGCGAAAUUGGAGGAAAGGUUGUCGCCUCUUUCCAAGCAUACUCAACCCACAACUUUGAUAAUGGGGAACAGCGAAGCUGAACAGUAUCAAAAGGAAAACAACAUCCUGGACCAAAAACCUAAUUUUACAUUAGAAGACACAGGUGGAAAGCUUUUGAGGGAAAGUGGCAAACCAGCAAGUGAUAAAACUGACAAUAAUGAAAAGCAUGCACCAAAGAAGAGAAAGGAGUUGGAUGUUUUAUCUGAAGAUACAGAGGCACUAGAAAUUGUAUCUUUGGAAGCCAAAGGAAGCAGAAUUCAAGAAGUAAAGGUAAUGCAAGGAGAGGAGAGUGAAAUACGGAAAGAAGAUGAACUUGGAUCAGUUCCAACUUCAGAAAAGAAAAAGGAGAUCAAGCAAGAGUUGCCAGUCUUGAACCACAGCAAACUUCAAGAUGACUCCAGUAAUCUUCCUAGCAGACUUCUGUUGACUGAGUUUAGAUCACUGGUGGUCAGCCAUCCAAGACUAAACAGUCAGCUCAUUGCAAAUACCAGUUAUGGGGGGCAGAAAAAUUUCAAGAUGUUCAAAAAGGUAGCUUAUCCAGGGGCAGGACAACUUCCAAAUAUUAUUGGAGGAUCAGAUUUGAUUGCUCACCAUGCUAAAAAGAAUUCAGAGCUGGAAGACUGGUUAAGGCAAGAAAUGGAGGAACAAAAUCGACAUGCAAGAGAAGAAUCACUUGCUGAUGAUCUCUUUAGAUAUGAUCCUAAUGUGAAAAGGAGAAGAUAAGUUGUGACCUGAAUUUACAGUACUUCUCUAGCAAAAUCUGCUUUCUGCUCCUUAUAAAUAUGUUUGCUGAUUACAGUGUGUAAUAUAUGCAUAUACAUGACCAUUUGAAUUGCAUAUUAUUGUAAGACUUAUUUUUAAGUCUUGCUUUUAUUAAAGGAAACAAAACCAUUUUUUUUCCACAGUUUGGUACUUAUGGAUUGUGCAUGUUUUCAAGACUUCACAUUUUUGCUUCAAAGCAAUGAAAACUUCAGUAAAAUACCAUAGGUAUUUAA